AUGUGGACUAGUACUUCCUGGUUGGGCACACGUGUCUCCACGUGGUUGGUCCAGACGAUGACUAAAUCAGUUUUAAUCUUCACGCGUUUGCUUACUCCUAUAUAUAUAUGUACCCAUUUGAACUAGAUUUCUCAUCAGCUCAGAGAUUGUUCAUUUGUUCCAUUGCUUCUUCUCUUGAUCACUUGCUACCUCACUACUGCGAUUUGCCAACAAUUUUUUUGGUUUUUGGAUGGCCAUGUCGUCGUCGAUGUCAUUGCUUACGUCGCCGGCCGAGCUCGGCCGGCGCGGGCCGGCGUUGAAGGCGAGGAGGUCGUCGCCGGCGGCGUGCUGCGCCUUCCGGCGAGACCAGUACAGCGGCGGGGCGCUGGUGGACUCGAGCAUGGCGGUGCUCCGGCGGAGGAUGAGGGAGGCGAGGAUGGCGGAGAACAACUACGAGGCGCCGGCGGGGUGGUCGGCGUGGGAGAAGCGGUACUACCCGGCGUACGUCUCCGACGUGUCCGCCGCCGUCGGCGCGCUGCAGCUGCUGCUCAUGGGCACCCGCCCCAGCGUCGCCAUCGCCGCCGCCGCGCUGCUGUUCGCCGGCGUGCCGGUCUCCGCCGUCGCCGCCGUGCACCACCUGGCGCAGCUGGCGGCGGAGUCCGCCGUGCUCCUGCAGCACCACGUCGUUCCUUGACCGGAUCAUCAUCUCUACCUUGCAGCUAAAAUGUUGCCUGAAACUGAUUUCCAACUUGUAAACAAGAGUGUGUUAGAAAGGAAUUAACCCUGCAUUAUUAUCGCAGUGUUAAAUGUAGAUAGAAUGAUAUGCUAUACACAGCUGAUCUUGUGUAGUUGAUCUUAAAUUUAAUUUGUUGGUGAUUUUAUAAGAUAAUGAAAGUUUUAUUAAACUCAAUCAA